AUGUUGAAUCUAAUUCCAAUUACCGUGCCCCUGCGAAGGUUCAAAGGCCAUGAAAAGUGCGUAAAGGCAGUCGCAGUUUUCCCCGAUAAACGACGGAUGGUUACGGGCUCGCAUGAUGAGAUACUGUGUAUAUGGGACAUGAAGACGGGUGUUGUGUUGAAGAAGAUGGAAGGGCAUAACGAUGGGGUGGAGACAUUGACAGUAUCACGAGAUGGGCAAUUGAUAGCAAGCGGUGAUAAAGGCGGAGUGAUCAUUAUCUGGCACGGAGAAACUGGCAAAUUGCUCACCAAAAUCCAAGCCCAUUCCACUCUGACCAAAUCACUGGAUUUUUCUCCCUAUGGGACAGUGCUAGCCACUGGUUCACAUGAUGGAACGACGAAGUUAUGGAACACCGAUACCUGGGAGCAGCAGGGAAAUCCAACACAGUGUGGUGGUAAAGUCAACUGCGUACGGUAUUCACCCUCUGGAGAACUUCUUGCCAUUGCAACAGACAACGAUAUCAAAAUUUAUAAUCCAGGCAGGGACAGGGUGUGGUUCGCAUCCUUCAAGGCUCAUGCCUUACGGAACUUGUCGCUCGCAUGGACGCCCGACGGUACAUGCCUUCUUACAGCUGGCAAUAAAUACGAUCCUACCAUACGCAAAUGGAACACAGCAACCUGGAAGCAGGUCGGUGAUCCCUGGACGGGCCAUUCUUCAUUUAUCGAUGCCAUUGCCAUUCAUCCUGCUGGCACAUUCGUCGCCUCCGCAUCUGGUGACAACCAUGUCCGUCUCUGGUGGCUCUCGGAUCAACGAACUAUCGCCAUCUUCAAGCACCCAUCCAAGUUGAAAUGUAUCACUUUCUCCGUGGACGGUAACCACAUCCUAAGCGGAGGUGAAGAUAAUAUCAUCUCGGAGUGGGCAAUACCUAAUUCAAAGAUCCUAGCCAUCACGACAGCCCGCAAUGCAUGCAUAUAUGGUGACUUAUCUACCGCUGGGGAACUACUCACCCAAGAUGUCAACACCGAUCCGAACAAUUAUACUUCCUACGCCCAUCGUUCUUUCGUUAUGGCGCGAAAAUGCCAUUGGGAUCACGCUCUUCAGGAUGCAAUCAAGUCUAUCAGCGUCCAGCCCUCUUUGACAGGAUAUAUCUCCAAGGGUAUUGCUCUCUGUGGAACAGGCCAUGUCCAGAACGCGAGAGCAGCAUUCGAUGUUGCAUCAAUGUACACGAAUCAAGAUUCACAAAUCCACCAUUUCCUACUCUUGAUCAAGGCCAUCGCCCUCUUCAAUGCUGAUCAACAUGAUGAGGCAAACCUGCUCCUCAAAGAGCUCACUAUCGGUUGUCCCAACGCCGACACUCGCGCAUGUCAUAUUGUGGAAGCAUAUCUACGGGUUCAACUCGGACUCAAAGCCUUGGAUGGCGCACGUCACGACGAAGCCGCUGAACAUUUCACUGCCGCUCUUGACUCCAGCAAUCUAUCAUCGAAAUCAGAUAUCCAUGAAAUUUACGAGGAUUUGGUGGUGCUCUUCGGCUGGGAUCUCAAAUCGUUGUGGCUCACUGCACACCAGAAUCGUUGUGAUUCACUCCUUCGGGCAGGCAAACUUCAAGAUGCCGUGAAAUCAUACCGAUUCAUGAUGGACGAUAUGGACGAAAAAACCAAGGCCAGCUGCCUUGAUCGGUGUAAAGGCAACGCGCUCCUUCUUACCGGCGGAGAUGCUGCCCUCGCUGUAAACCAUUUUGACAGGGCCAUUGACUUAUACUCGGCAGCGAUCGACCUGGAUUCUGCAUCCUAUGUCGUCUUCGCCAAUCGUAGUCAGGCAAUGUUGGGGAAAAGGCUGUGGACAGAAGCACUUCUUGAUGCGCAGAAGGUUAUCGAACUCGACUCUUUAUCUUAUCUCGGAUACCGUUUGAAGCACGCAGCGCUUCAUGGUGCACAACGCUAUGAUGAGGCAAUAGAUGCCUUCAGAAUCAUGCUCUCAAAGCUAGAUAAUGCCUCUGACACUGAGACACGAAAGUUGCGCCAGUGGUAUCUUAGACCAUCUGAAGUGGACCGUGCUAUUCAAAAGGCUAUUGAUGCUCAACUUGAUGAUGCUCCGCUGCGUGUACUCGACACCAGCACUGGGCUCUUAUGCGAUCGAGAGGCACAGAUAUGCACCUUCAAAGCGAGUAUAGAAUACAAGAAGCUCGUAUCAACCACAAUCACGCACCCAGGCUUCACAACGACGCAAAUCAAAGAAGUGGUAAUGUCGUACUUCCGAUAUGCCAUGCUAUCGCACAGGUGGGAAGGGAAGGAGCCGCUGCUACAGGACAUCCAGGGCAAGGUCAUCUAUGGGUUAGAUCCAGUUGGCGGUAUCGUGAAAUUGCAAUCCUUCUGCAAAACUGCUCGUGAUUUGGGUUAUCGCUGGGCAUGGAGCGAUACAUGCUGUAUUGACAAGAGCAACAACGUUGAAUUCCAAGAAUCGGUCAACUCCAUGUUCGUCUGGUAUCACCACUCCGCUCUCACAAUUGUAUACCUCUUGGAUGUUCCACCUUCAUCAAAGCCUGGCGCAUUGGCAAAGAGCGCUUGGAACACACGCGGAUGGACGGUUCAAGAAUUCCUCGCUCCCAACGUCAUUCUAUUUUACCAGAAGGAUUGGACUCUUUAUCUCGGCGAUUGCACUCCCAACCACAAGGAUUCCGCUGCAAUCAUGGAGGAACUGGAAUACGCGACGGGCAUAGAUCGACGAGCCAUCGUGGUCUUCCGUCCAGCCAUAAGAGGCGCCCGCGAGAAACUUCAGUGGGCAUCGACACGUAUUACCACAUUGCAAGAAGACAUUGCAUAUUCGUUAUUUGGCAUCUUUGGCGUCCGCCUGCGUGUUGAUUAUGGCGAGAAGAAGCAGAACGCACUCGGGCGGCUCCUACAGGAAAUCGUAGCUCAGUCAGGCGAUAUUACUGCGCUGGACUGGCUCCACCAUGUAAAUUGUACAUUUCUAUCCGAAGCUGAGAUUCAGUCUUUGGUCUCCUCGCUGCGAGGUGUUGUGGCUCCACAGUCAGCCUCGAAAUUAUAUCAGGCACUUGACUACCUGAGCGCUCCCCGUUUCUCGCACCGCCGGUUGCAUCUGCCUUGCAUUGUAUUUCCGGUCACAGAAGCCAGGCGGAGGCCAGGUCACGACCAGGAUACAUAUAUGUAUGAACUUGAGUCAGAGGGGCUUCGCAACCUGCAGAUCACCACAGAAGACAUGUUCACCCCGUUCUCGCCGGCAAGGCCGCCGCCCUCCUGGCAGACGAUCUUGCUUGUUCGUCCAUGGAGUCGUGAUCUCCUUGAGCUGCAUGACCCUACAGACGAUGCGCAGAGUUUGGACAAUGGGUCCGUGUCCGAAUCUUCGUCACACCAUUCACUCCCUGCACGAACUGGGCCAAGUUAUUCCGAUUCUCACUCGCAGGCAUUGCGAUUGAUUGUUCGCCUUGGACAGCCUUUUGGUGCGUUCUUGUUCGCGCGGCAACGCAACGGAGAAUUCAAGAGGAUCGCAUCAGAUCAUGAUAUCAUUGCGCAGGUUAAAGACAUGACUUCUAUCAGCUACUUGAUGGACAUCAGGACACUGGAAGUACUUUAA